AUGAAGAUUUUAGUGACUGGAACUUUCACUGCAUCUAAUUCGCUACGCCUAUCGCUUUCCCGCAAAGCUACAAUCUACAAUCCUCCGGAAGAGGAUUUUCCUAUGGCGCUCAAGGUGGAGGAGGAAGACCCAUUGGUGGUGGAGGCGGAGGAUUCACUGGAGGAAAGGUAUUUUCAGGCGGCAAAGGAUUCUCUGGAGGAAGUGGAUUUUCAGGCGGUGGAGGUGGAUUUUCAAGUAGUGGAGGAAGUGGUAUCCCCAGCGGUGGAAGUAGAUUUACAGGCAGUGGAGGAAAAGGAUUCUCAAGUGUCGCAAGUUCUUCAUCUGGACAAGGUUAUGGGGGCGGAGGUUCCGGGAGAGAUCCUGCACGUGGAUCUUGCGUCAUUCCCAUCGUUACAAGAAAUGUGUUCUUUUGUGAUGCUCCCGAACAGCCUCAAGGGGAAAGCGGACCGCCACCAAGCAUACUGCCGUCGAGACAAUAUCCAGUUCGCAGCUGCUAAAGUAGGUGGUCAGGUCCUCGGAGCUUCCGAUGUUGCUGGUUUUGGAGGAAUUUCCAGUGGUGCUGGAGGAUUCGGAGGCGGUAGCGGAAUUGGUGCUGGUGGUUUUGGUGGUAGUGGAGGAGCUGGUGGACGUGGAAUUGGUGCUGGUGGUUUUGGUGGUAGUGCCGGUAGUGGAAGGGGGUCAAGUAAUGGUCUUUAUGGACCUCCAUCUUGA